AUGGCCCAGGCCACCCUCGAUAUGACCACCUCAGUUGCUGCCCAGCCUGAGUUGGCAUUCCAACGCAAAAGCCGAACUGCGACUAUGGAGGCUGUCGAAGACAUCAUCUAUGGAUCGGUUGCCGGUAUUGCGGGCAAAUACAUCGAAUAUCCCUUCGACACCGUCAAGGUCCGACUCCAGAGCCAGCCCGACCACCUACCGCUGAGGUACACCGGCCCCGUGGACUGCUUCCGACAAUCUAUCAAGGCCGAUGGCCUUCGCGGGCUGUACAGGGGAAUCAGCGCCCCUCUGUUUGGGCGAGAGCUUCUGUACAAGAGCAGUGUGGCUUCUCGCGACAAGGAAAUGACACUGCCCUUGUUGUGGCUUACCGGCGCCAUAUCUGGAGUGUUCACGUCCUUUGUCCUGACGCCGAUUGAACUUGUUAAAUGUAGGAUUCAGGCGCCAGCCCUGUCUGAGGGAGCGCCAGUUGUCCAUCUACGGCCCACAGCUGUGAUCCGUGAGGUCUAUCGGCACGAGGGUAUCAGAGGCUUUUGGCACGGCCAGCUUGAGACGGUCACAAAGGCAUUCUACAAAUUGCGGGUGCGAUCUGCCACCUCUGAGGCAGAGAGGGAGGCGAUUCGUUCGAAACCGCUUCCUCUUUGGCAACAAGCUAUUGCCGGCGCAUCGGGCGGCGUUUCCUACAACUUUCUGUUCUUCCCUGCCGACACCAUCAAGUCGCGCAUGCAAACAUCGCCCGUGGGUGGCGUCCAACAACGCCGCGACUUUUGGAGCGAAGGCAGGGCCAUAUGGAGGCACCACGGACUGCGAGGUCUGUAUCGUGGCUGCGGCGUCACCUGCGCCAGGGCAGCGCCCAGCUCUGCAUUCAUUUUCAUUGUAUAUGACGGGCUGAAGCGCCAUCUCCCCAUGCAAUAA